CUUUGGGUCAUUCCAGAACCAUAAUAAAUUGACUCCUCCGUCUUACCACUCGCCCAAUCGUCUCGCUCACCUCCAGAGCAAUGGCAGCCAAAACCGUCCCUGUAUGCAAUGCUUCCGAUCUCAAAGAUGGUCAAAUGAAAGAGGUCGAUUUCGAGGGCGAAGGCAAAGUCCUCGUUUAUCGUCUCGGCGACAAGGUGCACGCUACUAGCGCGUUCUGCACUCACUACGGCGCACCCUUGUCCAAAGGUGUCCUUACCGCCGAUGGCAGAAUUGUCUGCCCUUGGCACGGAGCUUGCUUCAAUGUCUGUACUGGCGAUAUAGAGGAUGCUCCGGCACCAUCAGCCAUUCACUCAUUCAAAGCGGAGGAAGUGGGCGGCAAGAUUCAAGUGACCGCUGAACUAUCUCGUACCACCAAGAACAACAUGACCAGGCCUCCUAAGCUCACCUCAGCGACUGCCACCUCUGGUAAAGGCGUUGUCAUCGUUGGCGGUGGCUCCGGUGCUUUCUACACCAUCGAGAGUCUCCGUGAGAACGGAUACCAAGGCAAUAUCGUCGUCGUCUCGCGUGAAACAUACCCUCCCAUCGACCGAACUAAAUUGAGCAAGGCACUCAUCACCGAUUCUUCCGCCCUGCAGUGGAGAAACGCUGCAGACCUCAAGAUAAAGUUCGGCGUGACACUGCGCAUAGGAGUCACAGUGACUUCUGUGGACAUCCCCAACAAACAAGUCAUCCUUGAUGGUGGCAAAGAGUCUAUUCCUUACGACAAACUUGUCCUCGCUUCUGGAGGGCUCCCCAGACGCCUGCCUGUUGAAGGUUCUGACCUUGAGAAUGUUUUUACAUUCCGGGGUGUCCAGGAUGCACAAAAGGUCGACGCAGUUGCUCAGGAGGGCAAACGCGCUGUCGUGAUUGGGAGUUCAUUCAUUAGCAUGGAAUUAGCAGUGGCUAUGUCGAAGCGUAAGCUUGCGUCGCUCGAUGUGAUCGGCAUGGAAGAAUACCCCUUCGAAGCCAUUCUUGGUAAAGAGGUCGGCGCAAGUCUUAAGAAGUUCCACGAGUCUCAGGGAGUGAAAUUCCACAUGAAGAGCAAGGUUGACAAGAUCGUAGCCUCGGAUGGAGAAGGGGAAGAGCCCAAGAAGGCUACUGGCGUUGUGAUAAAUGGAACGACUAUCCCAGCCGACUUCGUCGUAAUGGGCGUUGGUGUCGCUCCUGCCACAGACUUCCUGAAACAGAGCGGUUUUACUCUGGAGCAAGACGGCGGUGUCAAGGUAGAUGAGUAUCUGAGAGUCCCUGGCUAUACCGACGUCUAUGCCAUCGUAUACCGGUCAAAAAGGAUUAAAGAGGACACAGGCGACAUUGCAUACUACCCUCAAUUGAAGGAUGGAAAGAGCCGGGGAUAUAGAAGGAUAGAGCAUUGGAACGUCGCUGGGAAUCAUGGUCGGGCAGUAGGAAAGACUAUCGCUGGAAAACCUCAGCCAUUCAUGAAGGUGCCCGUGUUUUGGAGUGCUCAGGGGCAGCAAUUGCGGUACUGUGGGAUAGGUCAUGAGUUUGACGAGGUGAUCAUUAAGGGCAAUCCAGAGGAGAUGAAGUUCAUCGCAUUCUAUGUCAAAGACGGGGCCGUAACCGCGGUAUCGAGUAUGCAAAACGAUCCAGUGGUCAGCAAAUGUUCGGAGUUGAUGAGGCUGGGCCUCAUGCCUACCCCCGAGGAACUGAAGAACGGAAAGGACGUCUUGGCGAUCGACCUGUCUUCCUCAGACGCACUGCCCAGAGUUACCUCAUAAACCAACAAUGUAAAACUAAUUGAUGUAUUACUAGAACUACAUUCGGCAAGAUAAAGACUGUAACGAUACAAUAGGCGGCUACAGCAAGAUCAGCAAAUACAUAAUGGAUGAACGACUCGGCCAUUCACCAACCACAAAAAGGAGAUCAAGAUUUCCCUUCAACGAAGUCAAGGGCCGAAUCUAAGCCUCGAACGAGUUGCUCGGCGCGCAUUGACAUACCUCGAACGAUGCGCAGACCGUUCUUCCGCUUCUUGCCUCCGUUGACGGCCUGUUCGGGAUCUGGUCCUUCGAAACGGAGCGUCACCGAGUUGUCAUUCUCAGCGUUGCGUCGGUCGUAGUAGCUGCGUAGGUUGGAUCCUGAAUGUGCGUGACGAACGUGGCUGGAAUGACUGACAGACCGGCUGCUGCUGCCUGUGGAGGAGCUUGCAGGGCCUUCGGCGGUUCUGUCCUUGUCCCUUGGGACCUUGCUGAUGGAGCUAGGCGUCACGGUAGACGAGCGUCGCCUGUUGGGCGGCGAGUGGGUACCGACGCUGACAGUGCUGACAGUGGUUGUCUCGAUGGGCACUGGUAUACGGGUGAUGUGCGCGUCUUCGUGGAGCGGUGGGUGCAUCGACAUGUUGGACUGGAAUGACUGAGAGGCGACGGCGUGCUGUAAGGACAUGGGCGUCGUUACGGAUCGCGGCAAGGUGAGCGAAGGGGCGCGGCCCUUGUGCGCGCGGGUGGGUGCCAGCAUGUCGGGCGGGGGCGUAGUGUGAGCGUACAGGCCUGCGCUCGACCCUCGAGGAGACAGCGACAGACCCGCGAUCGAGCUGUGUGGCGACAGGCUGGCGGCCGACGGAGGCUGGUGCUGGCGCGCUUUGCCCUGUCGGUCGAGGUCGCGCAUCCAGCCCUCCCACUCUACCUCACUCUCCCCGUCGUCCGCGUCGUCGCCGUCAGACUCGCCAGCCGCGCUGUGAGACGCAGCGGACGAUGACGACGCGGCGUUGUACCAGUCGCUGUCGGCUUGUUCUUGACGUGCGGCGCGUCGGCGGCGGCGGAUGCUGGCAGUGAGCGCGUCACCAGAGACGGUUUCCGACCAGAGAACCCAGGCGAUGGGGCGGCCGACGUCGCCCAUGCCGGCGCGUCGCGCAGUCUCGGUGAUGUCUAUCCGCCAUUCGGGAUACGGCAGUGUAUCUUGGGGGGAGGAGUAGACGUGGGGUGUCAUGGCGGGGGAGGAGACCUUAUUCCAGUAAUUGCUGACGCUCGCGAGGGUGAUGACGGACGGGAGGAAGGAGGAAGAGAUCGGGUGCGGCGCGAGGCGGUGGAGGAUGCGGAGGAGAUUAGAGAAAGCUUGGUCAUCGACCAUGUCCAAGACCAGCCAGCGCCCCUCGAGGAGAGGCGAGUCUUCUGGACUUUCGACGCUGGAUAAAGUGCUUGCGGUACCGCUUCCGCCUGGUUCAUGUUCUUUGAUGUCGGUAUGAAGGACCUCGUUGUCUUUGAUGUCGGGGAGCGGUGGAGACGUCGCAAAACGCUCAGGAGUGUCAUAGUGGUCUGCAAGUGGGGAAGAGGGUAUGGAGAUCGACGGGGAACUGCUAAGGAGGGUCGGGUCGGGUUGGGAUCUGAACUUGAUGCACACUAUUCGUUGCUCGCCAAGACUAGCGCUGUGUCGCUCUAGCGAUUCUGCACCUCUCAAAGCUAGUAAGCGGGAUAACGGAAACCUGUCGACUAAUGUGCCACUAGUCCGAUCUUUGUAGACGUGCAGCACUCCCUGGUAGAUGGCAAGCCAGUGGUCUCGCCACUCCAUCUUCUUGUGAUGUUUCUUCUUGUGUGCAGCAGACGCAUCCUGCUUACCUGAUGCUCGUUCCUUUCCCUUUCCGCCCGCAGGGUCGACUGAUAUGUUUUCCGAGACGGGUGGGUCAAACCGAGCAGACCGUGGGCUGCGGGCGGGACGCAUCUUUCGCACCUUGGACUCGAAAUAGGGCUGUGCGUAGUCUGAUGGUGUACUGCGAGGCAGCGUGACAAUGGCGCCAGAGGUAUGCAUUUCGAGCAUUUCAUAAGGGCGCAGUUUGUACCACGACAAGGCAAAUUCAUCCUCGAGGAUGCGUCCCGUGGUGAAGGAGAGCAAUGCGUAUUGCUCUAUGUUAUGAUUGCUGUUGCCAGCUCGGGACUGGGAAUAUACAUCGGUGGCACUGGGCCCGGCUUGGGAGGUGUUCAUGGACGAGAAGGAGGCCUUGACGUUCUGGCGCGAGUAGAGGCCGGUAUAUCUUCUCUCCUGAGGUCUUGCGGGAAAGUCGUCGAUAUCCUCGGAGUCGUCGUCGAGGUCAUCGUCGGACCAGUCUGAGCCGUCGAGCGACGAGCGUGUGCGGGUCGAUGCGAAUGUGAUGGGCGAGACGGGGCGAUGUACUGGGGUCUCUGGAGGCUCGAUGAGGUUGCACCUUGCGAGGAUCCACUCCUUGACCUGCUUGACCUUCCAGGCGGUGUGGAUAUGGGUGACGAGCCAUUGGUCGUACGGGACGAAUCUGCAUGCGAUGGUGACAAUCUCGCGGUCGCUCUUG